UGAUGGUAGUUCCCAUCCUCAGUCGGCUGGUGUUUACUUAGCGUACGUGUAUCUACCCUGGAUCAUGCUAUGUUGUCUGCCGCAAUAAUGCGGCUGUAAUGCGCGAAGCGGCAAGAAACUGCGCUACACGAGAGUUAUUUGUGGGUAUUGGAGGGAGCGAGAAGCAGCUGUGCGCUGCGGCCGUUUAGCUGCAUGCGACAGAUUCAUCUCAAUGGAAAUGAAGGAACGGCUGGUGCUGGUUAACGCGAGGGCCGACUUCAGAUGGACACGGAAUGGAGGUGCUUCAUGAAAUGACGAGAGACAGGGCUAUGCAGACACGGACUCAGUGAUGACGGACGUGGAGCCUGUUGUCACCGACUUCGCAGCGACGGGGAGGACGGGUCGGCGAAACGCGCUGCCCGACAUCCUAGGCUCCGCCUCCGGCGCAGGCUCUUCCGACCUCCCGGAGAAGCUGGCCGAGCUCUCAGUCAGCGAAAAUGAUGAAGACCCAGUGGAGGACAGCUCAUCUUCAGCCUCAACGAGCCCCCCAGAAGACAAGGCAGAAGGCACAUAGAAGCUCCUGAGACAACGUGGUGGGGGGGGGAAGGAGGGAAAUAGAGAGACAUUCAAGGGGCACCUCUUUCAAAACGUGAUGACCAGAUGACUGUAAUGGAGACACAGCGCUAUGCAACAUCACUACAUCCGCAGUGGGCUGAAGCUUUCAGCGGCUUCUCAGAGAGACACCAUUCUCUUUAUCUCUGAUUUUGCAGGCUACCUGAGUUACCCAUAAUUAAUAUAUGUUGCUGCUCCCAUCCUUGUACAUUCCUGCUCAUUUGGACCAUUUUUCCUGUCGCACAGGACACCCCCCCCCCCUCUUCGCACACCCCACGUAUAAACAUUCCACUUGUUUCCACAAAGUCGGUUAUGUGUUUGACGUCUGUGAUCAGUCCCUUAAGACCUUCUGUCCAGUGUACUUAACUGAAUAGCUAUGUGGAAAUAACACACGGCAGUAUGCGUGUGGGGUUUUCCUUUUGUGUGACGAUACGUUUUAGUGCCCGUCACGGCUGAUGGAGAAUGCUAGUCGAGCAUAUUGUCCUUACUAGUCAAGUGUUACUGUAUAACCCUCAGUUUACAUGUACUGGACCUGCAGUAGUGUGCUGUUUUCAUGUAGUGCCCCAUUUGUGAGGUCCUCGGUGACGAUGGACGGCCACUUUUUUUAAAAAAGAUAAAAAUUUUAAUGGGGGGAAACAUACCUGUAUAUUAGAAAAGGGAAUGAUGUGAAUUUGUACAGAAAUCAUUCAGCUAACUGAAGUGUUUUACCAUUACUAUUGAUUAACUAUUUUUCCAGUUUGUUGAGCAUAAUCAUGCUAGAAUUAGAAUUAUAUAAUCUGGUAAUCUAUAUAAAUCACACAUCAAAUGCCAUUAAGAUGUAAACAAAUAAAACCUGUAUUUAGUUUUUUA